UUGCCGGGAUAGGGCUGGGAGGUGCAUAGCAUGGGAGUGAAUCCCUAAGUCAUAUGGUGAUCGCUGAUCUCCCCUUUGCUAGAUUUCUUACUAGUCUUAAUUUGUCAUUUCCCAAUCUGACCUCCAUUUAGUGCAGGGAACUCUGUGUCCUGAGCAAUAUUCUCUGCUCAACUUGUGACCUCUCUUUGUGUUGCAGAUACUAAGACAACCUGUAAAGAAGCUCCAUGAAGGUGACCAGCCAUGCAAUGUUCCUGGAAGGCUGUCCUCCUACUAGCCUUGGCAUCCAUCGCAAUCCAGUACACAGCAAUCCGAACCUUCACCGCCAAGUCCUUCCACAGUUGUCCCGUCCCCAAUCCCAUGAACUGCAGCCUGAGCCAAGAGACUGAGUCGGCUGACAGGCUAUGUGACGAGAGCCCAACCUUUCCUUAUAACCUUUCCCGAAAGACGCACGUCCUGAUCCUAGCCACCACCAGGAGUGGCUCCUCUUUUGUUGGGCAGUUGUUUAACCAGCACUUUGAUGUCUUCUAUUUAUUUGAGCCCCUCUACCAUGUCCAGUACACUCUGAUUCCAAAGCUGACCCAGAGCAAGAGCACCACGGACAGGCGGGUCAUGCUGGGCGCCAGCAGAGACUUGCUGAGGAGCCUUUAUGACUGUGAUCUAUACUUUCUUGAGAACUACAUCAAACCCCAGCCGGUGAACCACACGACGGACCGGCUGUUCCGCAGGGGAGCCAGCAAGGCCUUGUGUUCGCCACCGGUUUGUGAAUCUUUGGGGCCCAUUGAUAUCCAGCUGGAAGAAGGAGACUGCGUGAAAAAGUGUGGCACCUUAAAUCUGACAUUGGCCACUGAGUCAUGCAAAGAGCAUGGGCAUGUGGCCAUCAAAACAGUGCGAGUGCCAGAGGUCAGUGACCUCAGAGCCUUGGUGGAGGAUCCCAGACUAAACCUGAAGGUUAUACAGCUGGUGAGGGACCCCAGAGGUAUCCUAGCUUCCAGGAGCGAAACCUUCCGAGACACCUAUAGACUUUGGAGGAUCUGGGAUGGUACCGGCAGGAAGCCCUAUAACCUUGAUGUGACCCAGCUCACCACAGUCUGUGAGGACUUUUUGAACUCUGUAUCCACUGGACUAAACCGACCACCUUGGCUUAAGGGUAAAUACAUGCUGGUAAGGUACGAAGACCUGGCCAGAAAUCCCCUGAAAAAGACUGAGGAGAUUUACACUUUCCUGGGCAUUCCCAUGGACAGCAACGUUGAGCGAUGGAUACAAAAUAACACAAGAGGGGACAGGUCCGCGGCCAAACACAAGUAUGGGACUGUCCGGAACUCGGCCGCAACAGCAGAGAAAUGGCGGUUCCGCCUUUCUUACGAGAUUGUGGAGUUUACUCAGAACGCCUGCCAGCAGGUGUUGGCACAGCUUGGCUACAAAAUGGCGGGCUCAGAGGAAGAACUGAAGAACCUCUCCAUCAGCCUGGUGGAAGAAAGGGACUUCCUGCCCUUUUUGUAAGACAGGCAUUAUGCUCGCUUUUUGAUAUGGACUGUUUCUAACUGUUGCCUUAUUUUAUUUCCCUCCUUCUCCAAAAUUUGCACUAAAUCUUGAAUGGGAAUCUCAACAGCAUUAAGGCAAGGAGGCCACUCUCUCUCACAAUGCGCUUUGGACGCAAGGGCUUUGGGUGUCUCAAAGCAAGAGCUAGAACUGUGGAUGGGUAACAAUGUUUACAAAAUACACACACAAUGUACAAAACAACCUUCAAGCUUUCCAAACCGAAGGGUACCAGGGGUACUGUACUUUUGCACUGUUUACUUUUACAAUGUAAGAGAAAUAUAUAUAUAUAUAUAUACAUAUAUAUAUAUAUAAUUUAUGAAUGUUGUUGUCCCCUCCAGAAUAAUUCCCCCUUGCCUCCCAGUUCCGAGCAGGUUAUGCUGUUAGCUGAAUGUGAAAUAACUUCCCAAUUUUUCAAUCUCGUUUCAAUAUGUCUGUUCGUUUAAGUCGUGUUAUUGGGCUGAGCAGUCAAUCGGUUGCUGAUCCAUGGUUGUUUGGUAACACCUGUGACAUUCUUUGUGCCAAAAAAAAUUUAGUUGAUUGGGUGGUUUGUUAAAAAACAAACAAAAUUAAUGCUUUAUCUCUGUGUUUUCUGUAAAUAAAAGUGUGCAACAAAACUGAUGAUUGCUGGGUGGGUGAAAUUCAACUGGGAGAGUUCAGUAACUGCAGCUAGGACAUGAAUAUAUGACACCUGCCUCCCCCUCCCACAUCAAUAAGCCUGACCCACCUUCAGAGCAUAAUAGAAGGUGGGAGAGAUGGGGUACAGAGAGAUGCAAGCCAAGAGUGGUCUGGGCUAACCUCCCUGGGGGAUGGAAUGGAGUUUCAGAAUUUGCCACUGGCUUCAAUUCACUCUUUCUCUGCUGUGUGCAUACUUGCAUCCAAAGUGUGUAAAAUGCAGCU